AUGUCGUUGAAGGCCCGAGAGCAGAAGCGACUUAAUAAGGAACUUGAUGAUAUCCGUUCGCAAUCGGAAGAGAGUUCGAUAAACGCUGAUAUAGUUGGAGAUGAUCUCACACACUGGAAGGGCCAUUUAGAUGGCCCCCCUGCUACGCCCUACGAGGGAGGUCACUUUGUGAUCGAUAUUACUAUUCCUGCUGAUUACCCAUAUACACCACCAAAGAUGAAGUUUGAUACUAAGAUAUGGCAUCCUAAUAUUAGCUCUCAGACAGGUGCUAUUUGUCUCGAUGUUCUUGGAAAGGAGUGGUCACCAGCGCUUACAAUCCGUACGGCUCUACUGAGCAUUCAGGCCUUGCUGUCUUGCGCGGAACCCGAUGAUCCUCAAGAUGCUGAAGUUGCUAAUAUGUAA